CGACUGAGGGAUUGUAGGAUUUCCUUGGGUGGGCCUGAAUUAUACGUGAGGUGCCUUGGAAGUUGAAACCCAACACAUAGACUCUCAGCAAUGCGAGAAGCAGGAUCAAAAGCCUAAUAAUGAGAGCACAAACAGGCCUUUCAGAAAAGAUAACCAGCCAAUCGAGUGGACCCCGCUAGCCAAGUUUCUUUCUUGUCUUGCAUGAAGCGACGAGCCGGAAUGGGUGGAGAAGAACCGAGGAUGUCCGGCAAUUGCCAAUUCAUUCGCCCCCCAUUCAAAUACGACCCGCCCAACACUGAGAUCGUUUUCUCAUUAUCAACCUCGUCAUGGCUCUAGCAACCGCUGCCGCUCUCACAGCAGCAGCCUACCUCAAUGCCAAAUUUCACUUAACCAAAGAUCUAGGCGUGCUGCGCACUGUGCGGCAGGCAACCCGCAGCACCCAGCACGCCCAAAGUCAAGGCCAAGUCAACCUGUGGUUCAAUUUCCUCGAGGCAGCGACGAAUUACCCGGAUCUGAUCGCUAUCUGGACGCGCGAGCGCUCCUUCACCUACCGCGAAGUGCUGGCUGCCGCCGCCCGCUACGCCCAGUUCUACCGCCAGCGCGGCGUGCAACCAGGCGACCUGGUCGCAUUUUACCUCCAGAGCCGUGCAGAAUUCAUCUUCGCCUGGCUCGGGCUGUGGAGUAUUGGGGCAGCGCCCGCGGCCAUCAACCACCAUCUCGCCGGCGAUGCGCUGGUGCACUGUUUGGGCCUCAGCGGCGCGAAGCUGCUGCUGGUGGAUCCGGACGCGGAAUGUCGCGCGCGCAUCGACGAACGGCGGACGACGCUGGAGACCGAACUGGGUCUGACGCUGAUCACGCUGGACGAAGCCUUCACCACCACCACUCUCGCCGCGCUGCCGGCAGAGGUCCCCGAGAACGGCCAACUAGCGCGCAACACUAAGGGCAGCGCGCCUUCCAUCCUGCUCUACACGUCCGGGACAACAGGCCUGCCUAAGGGAUGCCCCUUCACCAUGGAACGCCUGCACGUCGCCUUAAGGCUGCGCGAGUACUCCACGCGCGACAAGGUCGGCCCCGGCGGCGACCGGUGGUACAGCGCGAUGCCGCUCUACCACGGCACGUCAGCGGUGGCGGUGAUCGUAGCGCUGGCGCGGGGGACAAGCGUGGCGAUCGCGCCGCGCUUCAGCGUCCGGCACUUCUGGCAGGAUAUCCGGGACUCGGAGUCGACGGUCUUCGUGUACGUCGGCGAGACAGCCCGGUAUCUGCUGGCAGCGCCACCCUCGCCGCUGGACCGCCAGCACCGGGUGCGCAUGAUGUACGGCAACGGGCUGCGGCCGGACGUGUGGACGCGGUUCCGGGACCGGUUCGGCAUCGCGGAGGUGGGCGAGUUCUUCAACAGCACGGAGGGCGUGUUUAGUCUGUACAACUACAACCGGGGCCCGUUCACGGCCAGCGCCGUCGGGCACCACGGCGCCCUCUCCCGGUGGAUCAUGCGCGGGGUCUACGCUCCCGUCGCCAUCGACCCGCAGACGGGUGAUGUCCAGCGCGACCCAAAAACCGGGUGGGCGGUGCGUCAGCCGUACGAGGUGGGCGGCGAGAUGCUGGUGCGCGUGCCGGCUGAGUCGGCGUUUUCGGGCUACUGGCGCAACAAGGACGCCACGGAUAAGAAGUUCGUGCGCGACGUCUUCCAGCCCGGCGAUCUGUGGUAUCGGUCCGGGGAUGCGCUGCGGCGCGACGCCGACGGGCGCUGGUAUUUCCUCGAUCGCUUGGGGGAUACCUUCCGAUGGAAGAGUGAGAAUGUCUCCACGGCAGAGGUAGCCCACGUCCUCGGCGAAUACCCAGGUGUCCAGGAAGCCAACGUCUACGGGGUUCUCGUACCGUCGCACGACGGUCGCGCUGGGUGUGCCGCGCUCCAGCUCGCAGCGGGUAAAGACGGACAACUGGACCUCACGGCGCUGGCGCGGUAUGCGCGCGCCCGCCUGCCGCGCUACGCCGUGCCGGUGUUUUUGCGCCUGGUCUCACAGGCGUCGCAUAUCCAUAAUCACAAGCAGAAUAAAGUGCCGUUGCGCGAGGAGGGCGUUGACCCGGCAAAGCUGGGCACGCACGUCGUCGGUGGGCAGGACGAUCAGUUGCAUUGGCUGCCUCCGGGGGCGGACGGGUAUGUGCCCUUUGGAGAGGGGGAUUGGAAGCGGUUGGUUGGGGGUGAGGCGAGAUUGUGAAGGUGAUAUGAAGCGCACUCACCGACACACAAUCCCUAAAUAGAUAUAUGGAGCAUUCCGGGGGAGAACCCCCGGACCCCCCUUUCUUUCAGCUUCUUGGCCCACCUCAUCCUAAACCAAGUUUACGAAGCAAUCCAGGAAGAACCGGGACCCCUGUUACAAUCCCCAC